UAUAUUGGUUAGCAUUUCUCUUAUAUGUUUUGUAAAUAAUAUUUGCUUGUCUUUUAGUUUAUCAUCUUUUUUUUUUUUUUUUGAGCAAUUUAGUUUAUCAUCUUAGUUUUUGUAUAUAUAAAAAAAAAAGGUUCUUUCUUUCAACUCUCUCUCUCUCUUCUAUAAAUAGAGAUAGUUGUUUAUGUGAUUGAUUAUCAUAUACAUCAAAUUAUAAUUAUUGGUCCUUUCAAGUUUCAAUACUACAUAUAAAAUGGCAAGUAGUAGUAUUAUAGGAAAGCUUGAUGCUGAAAUUGAAUGCAAAUCUAAUGCAGAUAAGAUUUGGCCAUCAAUUAGAGAUUUCAUCAAAGUUUACAAUGAUGCCUUUCCUCCUGGUACUUACACAAGUGUUCAAGUUUUGGAAGGUGAUGGUGUUCAUCCUGGUUCUGUUAGACUCAUUCAAUAUGGACCAGGUUCACCAAUAGAAAUUGCAAAAGAGAAGAUAGAAAUUGUUGAUGAUGAAGAGAGAAUAUAUGGAUUUAGUAGCAUAGGUGGAGAUUUACUAAAGUACUACAAAAGUUUCAAGGCAAGUGUUCAAGUGUUUCCUAAUAAGGAUGAGCAAGGAAGUUUGUUGAAAUGGAAUUGUGAGUAUGAGAAGUUGAGUGAGGAUGCUGCUGACCCAACACUCGUCAAACAAUUUGUUAUCCAGGGCUUCAAACACCUCGAUCAGUACAGUUUGACCACCUAAUCCUAUUAUCCAACCAUUUAUAUAUGUAUGGUUCUUUCAAUAAGUUAUUGUAUUAUUGCUUUAUAUGCUUUUGCUCUUUCCUGUCAUGUGAAUCUCAGAGGAGCUAAUAAGUUUUGCUAAAGAUUUUAUUAUCUUGGUAAAUGUUUUGGUUUGGUGAUAUAAUUUAAUUGAUCUGCAAGAUUAGAUUAUAUGAA